CCCUCCUGCCUGCAUCUCUUCCCUCCCUCUCUUCCCUCUCUCUCCCACUUUUCCUCCCUCUCCCCUCCGUCUCGCACGCACCCUCUGUUUAUUUUCCUGCCUCCAUCUGGGCCCUGCUGAUAUUGUAAUCACCCUGAUGCACGUUGGCUCCUCUCCUCUCCCUCCCGCGCGCACACACUCACUCACACACAAUGUGCCAUCCCGACCAGCCCUUUACUUCUGAUAAGCUCCGAUGUGUGUUUAAUGAAUACAAAGCGGCGGUGUGGGGGCCGCGCGGCCGGCCGCCUCGCGCGCUCGCCGCCGGAAGCUGCCAGAGGGAAUUUACAUUUAAAGAUUACAGAGGGAGAGGGAGAGGAUCUGCCUUUUGUUGUGCUGGUUGAGGAGGAGGCAGCGGCCCUGGCCUCCCGGCUAUCUCCCAUCACCUCUGCUAUCCAGACCCGGACUCGCGGAGAAAAGAUUGAUCUGUGGGCUGGUGAACUUAUCUGGGUCCCAGUCUGAGCAGCAGAGGAAAUUAGCACAGCGCUUGCUGGAGAAUGAUAUCUGUCAAAAGAAACACUUGGAGAGCACUGAGUGUAGUGAUAGGUGACUGCCGGAAAAAGGCGAACUUUGAAUAUUGUCAAGAUCGUACUGAGAAGCACUGCACGAUGCCAGACUCACCCGUGGAUGUGAAGACGCAGUCUAGGCUGACUCCUCCCGCAAUGCCGCCUCCUCCGACCACUCAAGGAGCUCCGAGAACCAGCUCAUUUACGCCAACGACAUUAACAAAUGGCACCAGCCAUUCACCCACGGCCUUGAAUGGCGCCCCCUCACCGCCUAAUGGCUUUAGCAACGGGCCUUCCUCUUCCUCUUCCUCUUCUCUGGCUAAUCAACAGCUGCCCCCAGCCUGUGGUGCUAGGCAACUCAGCAAGCUGAAACGAUUUCUUACUACCCUGCAGCAGUUUGGCAAUGACAUUUCACCAGAGAUUGGAGAAAGAGUUCGCACCCUUGUACUAGGACUGGUGAACUCUACUUUGACAAUUGAAGAAUUUCAUUCCAAACUGCAAGAAGCUACUAACUUCCCACUGAGACCUUUUGUCAUCCCGUUUUUGAAGGCCAACCUGCCCCUGCUACAGCGUGAACUCCUCCACUGCGCAAGGCUAGCCAAACAGAACCCUGCCCAGUACCUCGCUCAGCACGAACAGCUGCUUCUGGAUGCCAGCACCACCUCCCCUGUCGACUCCUCAGAGCUGCUUCUCGAUGUGAACGAAAACGGGAAGAGGCGAACUCCAGACAGAACCAAAGAAAAUGGCUUUGACAGAGAGCCUUUGCACUCAGAACAUCCAAGCAAGCGACCAUGCACUAUUAGCCCAGGCCAGCGGUACAGUCCAAAUAAUGGCUUAUCCUACCAGCCAAAUGGCCUGCCUCACCCCACCCCACCUCCACCUCAGCAUUAUCGUUUGGAUGAUAUGGCCAUUGCCCACCACUACAGGGACUCCUAUCGACACCCCAGCCACAGGGACCUCAGGGACAGAAAUAGACCUAUGGGGUUACAUGGCACACGUCAAGAAGAAAUGAUUGACCACAGGCUAACAGAUAGAGAAUGGGCAGAAGAGUGGAAACAUCUUGAUCAUCUGUUAAACUGCAUAAUGGACAUGGUAGAGAAGACAAGGCGAUCCCUCACUGUACUGAGACGAUGUCAGGAAGCAGACCGGGAGGAACUGAAUUACUGGAUCCGGCGGUACAGUGAUGCUGAGGACUUGAAAAAGGGCGGCAGCAGUAGCAGCAGCCACUCCAGGCAGCAGAGUCCUGUCAAUCCAGACCCUGUCGCAUUAGAUGCACAUCGGGAAUUCCUUCACAGGCCUGCAUCUGGAUACGUGCCAGAGGAGAUCUGGAAGAAAGCUGAGGAGGCUGUGAAUGAGGUGAAGCGGCAGGCAAUGACAGAGCUGCAGAAAGCUGUGUCUGAGGCAGAGAGGAAAGCCCAUGACAUGAUCACCACAGAGCGAGCCAAGAUGGAACGCACGGUGGCUGAAGCAAAGAGGCAGGCAGCAGAGGAUGCUCUGGCAGUCAUCAACCAGCAGGAAGACUCCAGUGAGAGUUGCUGGAACUGUGGCCGGAAAGCAAGUGAGACCUGCAGCGGCUGUAACACCGCCCGAUACUGUGGCUCUUUUUGCCAGCAUAAAGACUGGGAGAAGCAUCACCACAUCUGUGGACAGACCCUGCAGGCCCCACAGCAGGGAGACACACCGGCCGUCAGCUCCUCGGUCACACCCAGCAGUGGGGCUGGGAGCCCAAUGGACACACCACCAGCAGCCACUCCGAGGUCUACCACCCCGGGAACCCCCUCCACCAUAGAGACGACGCCUCGCUAGACCUAAACUCAGACUGUCAGAGGAAAGACACCACAACCAACACGAAAGCAAUUCCUCAUCCUCAGAUGCUCAAAGUCCCUUUUCUGUUUGUUUGUUUAUAGAUGAACUAUCUUAUUUCAGUACUUCGGCAAGAGAGAACCUAACUGUAUCUUUGAGGCGAUAGUAAAACACAGAGGCCAGUAACGGGUCGUAAUGACUUACUGUGGAUAACAAAGAUAUCUUUUCUUUAGAGAACUGAAAAGAGAGGAAAGGAUAUAACGUGAAAUGCUAGAUUUGACCUCCUCCCUGUUAUUUUCAAGUAGCUGGGAUUUUAAACUAGAUGACCUCAUUAACCAAUGCUUUACCAAACAGCAAACCAAGAGAUUGCUAAUUGCUGUUGAAAGCAAAAAAAUGCUAAUAUUAAAAGUCACAGUGUUCUUUAUAUACAAUAAUGGAAAAAAUAAAAAGAGGCAAUUCCUCAAGGGCAUGAGCGUUGGAUACAGCAGUAGACAUUUUAACAAGAAGAUGAAUGGCGUCUGUGGGUUGCUAACUGAACUUUGAAGACCCGCUGCAAAACGCGCAGAUGUGCGGCAGAUUGGAAGGAGACACAGAUGUUCGGGUUUUUUCCUGUUUCUGAAAAAGAAAUAAUAAUAUCCAGGUCAACAGAAUGAAAAAUGAAAGAUGAUUUCCAGUGGGGUAUAUGACUACAGCAGCAAGAAAAAAAUGGUCAUGGUACAGAGGCUCCUUUAUAUAUAUAUAGACACACACACACACACACGCACGCACGCACACACACACACACACACACACACCUCUUAAGAGACUCAGCCUGCAGUUAAUUAGCAUUCUGGCAGCUUCCAAGACAGCCAGCUGCCCUAAAUAACCCUUCAACAUUUCUUCACUUUUGCAAGGUUCCACAGAGUAAGACAUUGGGUCUAUUCCAGCUCAUUCAUUUUAUAUUGAAAACUAAUUUUUUAAAAAAAAAAUGGUGGCUUCAGCUCCAGCCCCUUUCCAAAAUUUUUUCAACCCCACCCUGUUUGGAUUUUUAAUUAAAAUCUAGUAGUUCUCUUGGUAUUAAAACACUUCUGUCCUGUGAGGUUUUUCCCAAUGGUGUUUUUCUUGUAAAUGUGUUGGACAAAUGUGAAGAUGCAUUGUAGUUUAUCCAUAUGCCCACAUUUAGUCUCUUUAUUCCUAGUUGGUGAGAAACCUGUAUCUUUCUAUGCUGCUUUUAUAUCUGUAUGUAUUAGUGAUAUUUCUCUAGUAGUUAAAAAAAAAAACAAAAAGAAAAGAAAAAAAAACUUUUUUGGUUGUCCUCAAGAAAAGAAAAGAAGAAAAGAAACGAAACGAAAAGAAAAAGCUAUCUUUUGGAGCUGCUAACUCACUCUCUUAUAGGAUUUUUUUCCUGGAAACCAGCAUGCUUCAUGGAAUGCUAGCACAUGGAUGUUUUGUAAGAGGGAUGUACAUAAAUGUAUUUUGCACUGUCACAAUGACUCCCUAGGCAUGCUUAUUUUUUUUCAAACCAACUUUUUAAAUAUGCUAGAGCCAUUUCACCGAUUUUAGCUGUAGCAUAGAGUAGUAGUGGAAUUUUUCUUUCUUUUAUUUUUUUUUUAUGAAAAAAAUUAUUAGGGACUUUUUUAAAAAAAAUAAAAUAAGAUAUCCUACUUUAAAAAAAAAAAGGACAGUGCAUGCAUAUUGCUGUAAGGUUGUUUAAGUAUUUCUAAUUUUACAAAAAAUGAAAAAAAAUCAUUAGAGCUCCAAAUGCUGAGGUGUAGACGGACAGCUUUAACCCUGCUGAGUGCCAGGUUAUACAGUAUUCUUACAAAAGGGAAGUCAGCCAAAGACUGAUCUGAUGGACCAAAAUCGGAAUUUUGAGAAGCACCAGUAGUACUUUCCAAAUGAUCAGCAGGUUAAACAUGUUCAGUGUGAAUCCAUUAACCCUUCGUUGUCCAGGGUCCAGACCAGAACUACUUGUUAGUUUUGAAACACAUUAGCCCAGGAUGUGGUUGUGUGCUUUAAGAGUCGGCAGUGCUGCAGGCUGUGUAGACAACCAAAGUUGACAAGGCUGGGAAGACACUUCUCCACAUACACAUACACCAGGCAUUUCUUUACAAAUUGAGUACAAUCCAUUAGCUUGUGGGAGGGGGGAGGAGUGGGUAAUGUAGCCCUUGGAUACAGUUUUAAGUGGUUGUAUUUAAGUUAUCUGCAUAGAGGCAAUCCUCAUGGGUUUGCUUUAUGUCUCACAAAUCUAAGAUUUUCUUAAACCAUUUCCCCUGUAUUUUCAUAUCCCAGUCAGUUUUGAUUUUGUUUGGGUGGUGUUGUGUUCUUUUUUUGUUUUUAAUGGCCUUUUAGUUUAGGAAGUUCUGAUGAGCAAAUAAAUGCAUCUAUCUAUCUGCAUGUUGGAAGUCCAUCUGCCAGCACACCUGCUAAAGGCAAUGAGAAGCACAUAACCAGGCUCUGAAUGGGUUCUAAUUUACCAUGGUGCUCCCAGAAUCCUUUGACCUCAUUCUGCUUUCUAGUCUGCUUGUGACACUGGACAGUCCUUUCUUAGAGCUAUUAUAUGUUCUAGGCUACGAAGGGUUAAAUAAUCCCAAAAAAUGAGGUAUGUCAUACCCUCACGUCUCGAUCUCAAGAAGCUGUGAUGUAUGUGGAACAGCACUGUUAUUCUGAACACUA